UCCCACUUAUCACGUUUCUGCCUCUUCUCCUUAUUUCCAAUUAUUUUAUAAUAUUUAUUUAUUUACUAUACAACAUAUAACCCUUUCUUUCCUUUUCCUUGCUCCAAAAUCUCUCAUCCAUCCAUAAUAUUUCAUUCCACAUUCACAUUUAUUAACUAAGAAUGGCCACAGCAGAAUACACGCUUGAUUCAGUUAGAAAGGCUUUGGUUAGACAAGAAGAUACAAUUGUUUUUGCUCUCAUUGAAAGAGCCAAGUUCCCUUUCAAUUCUCUUACAUAUGAUCAUAAUUACCUUCAAAUCCCUGGUUUUUGUGGCUCAUUGGUUGAUUUUGUUGUCAAUAACACUGAGGGUGUUCAAGCUAAGGCUGGAAGAUACAAAAAUCCAGAAGAGAAUCCCUUCUUCCCAGAAAAUUUACUAUCAUCACUUGUGCCAUCUUACCCCUUCACACAGAUUUUGCAUCCUGGAGCUGCUUCAAUUAACAUAAACAAGUCCAUAUGGAAAAUAUACUUUCAUGACUUGCUUCCCUUGUUGGUUGCUUCGGGCGAUGAUGGCAACUAUGCGCAAACUGCAGCUAGUGAUCUCUCAUUGUUGCAGGCCAUCUCUAAAAGAGUUCAUUAUGGAAAGUUUGUAGCUGAAGUGAAAUUCAGGGAAUCUCCUCAAGACUACGAGCCUUUAAUUCGCGCUAAGGACACAGAAGGGUUGAUGAAAUUGUUGACAUUUAAGAGCGUUGAAGAGAUGGUGAAGAAGAGAGUUGAAAAGAAGGCAGUGGUAUUUGGGCAGGAAAUAAGCCUUAACAGCAAUGAUGACAAGAAGGGUAAAAGCAAGUUUGAUCCAUCAGUGGCUUCUCAAUUGUAUGAGAAAUGGGUAAUACCUCUUACUAAGGAGGUUCAGGUUGAGUACCUAUUGCGCCGUCUCGAUUGAAGACAAUAUUUCACUGUAAUUAGAAGGAAGGAAGAAACAUAUGAUAUCAUUGUUCAAAAGCAUUAUGUUGUCCUUAAUUGCCAAUUUAUUGUAACCCAUGAUGAUGACUUAGAAAAUAAUAUUUGCAGCUUUGAUAAAAUGAACGAGAGAGGGAGAAUUUUAAUAGACAGGGAGGAAUGUAAUGAGAUAUCUUAUUUGGUUUUAGAAGAAGGGAGAGAAAAAAUUUCAAUGGAGGGAAAUGCUAACUAAAAUUUCAAUCAUUUGAAAUUUUAGUCAAAUAAACAAUGUGUGUAUGACCUUAUCACAUGGGCUCAUAUUUCCUAUAAUCAAGGAUUGACCUAUUUGACACAAUUAUGCGAAUAGAA